GUGAACAUGAAGACACAUUUCUUAAUCUGCAGUUCAGUCUAUAGAAAAUCGGUUGUGUCGCUUUAAACAGAUCAUAAUAAUUUCAAAACAAUGUCGGGAGUUUUGAAGCAAUUUCUAGCAACCAUUACAUGUAAUUUACUCGCUUUUGCGUACGGUAGUGUGUGUACAUGGGCUUCAGCAAAUUCAGCGACAUUGGAAUCAGAUGAAAAAACUCCAUUACCAUCGGGAAAAUUAGAUAUAUCAGAAAUCUCUUUAGUUACCAGCAUUCCCUGUUUUGGAGCGAUAUUUGCGACUUUGAUUUAUUCCUUAUCUAUUGACCGAUUUAGCCGAAAACUUCUCUUGGUUUCCAUCGCCAUUCCUCAAAUUUUGUCAUGGCUGAUAAUAUUGUUUGCGGCAAAUGCAUAUCAUUUGUAUGUGGCGCGAUUCAUAUGUGGCUACGCUGGCGGCGCAUCUCUUGUUGUGAUUCCGAUUUUUGUUUCCGAAAUCGCCGAGGAUAAAGUGAGAGGCACCUUGGCUUCAAUGCUGAUUUUAUCUUGUAAUGCCGGUUGUUUGUUUGGUUUCGUUGUUCCAAUCUAUUUUAAUUACAUUGAACAAAUCAAAAUCAAUAUGAUGUUGCCGACGUUGUUUUUGGUAUUAUUUUACUUCUUCCCUGAAACACCAGAAUACCUAUUGAAGCGUAACCAAAAGACUUUGGCUGAAAAAUCGACAAACUUUUACAGAGGCCUAAAAAAUCCACCAUCCUACGAAAUGAAACAAAUCAAUGAACAGGAAAAGACUUAUGAAAAAAUCGAACAAGAAAGCACAAGCAUAUCCUUUUCUGAUUUUUGUACACCGGCGGCGAAAAAAGCAAUUAAAAUUGCUAUGGUUAUAGGAGCAUUAAAUCAGUUUUGCGGUGCGUUUUCCAUGUUGAAUUAUGCCAACGACAUUUUCAAAAAAGCGGGAUCGACUUUGAGUCCAGAAAAAGCAUCAGUCAUUGUUUGCAUUGUACAAUUGACGGCAAAUUUUCUCGCGAUGGCGCUUGUAGAUCGGGCAGGCCGUAAAUUAUUGAUGACAAUUUCAGCGUUUGGAACCGCUUUUGGCUUAAUCUCUAUGGGCCUGUACGAUUUGUAUAAAGAUAAUUUAUCUGAAUAUAGAUGGAUUCCAAUUGCGUCAUUCUCAACGAUCAUUCUUAUCGCUUCCAUGGGCAUGCUGCCAUUAACAUACGUCAUCUUGAGUGAAAUUAUGCCAAAGAAGAUCAAAAACAUGGUCAUACUGUUGGCCUUGGAGAUCAUGUGGUUCUUGGCGUUUAUUCUUGUCUCAUUUUAUCCAACGUUGACGGAUACGAUUGGAACAUAUAACUGUAUGUUUAUGUUUGCAACAUGCUGCAUUCUUGGUGGCAUAUUUUAUUUGAUAGUUCUACCAGAAACCAAAGGAAAGUCAUAUGAAGAAAUUAUGCAAUUGCUGGCCAAGUAGAGUUUUUUUAGGUAGUUAGAAAUGUGGAAAAAAUAUAACAUAAUUCACGUAUUUUAAUUUAUAUUU